AUGUUUCCUGAUUCAGUUCCUUCCAACCAAGCCUCCACGUCUGGCCUGUGGCAGACUUCUGGUUCUAGCAUCCUUAGUUCAGCUGGAGCAGAUGAUAAACUCUGCCCACUUUUCCAGCUUCUGCCUGUUGUUGCCCGGAUACUUCAGCCAACAGAAAAAUUACAGCCAGGAGAAACAAUACCAGAUAAUUUCUACCAAGAAAAAAGAAUCAUUCCCUCUCACAAACCCUACAUCGCCAUUGUGCGCCUCUGUGGCCUCCUAACCCACAAAGAGGAGCCAGUGCCACUGAAGAGCAUCUCUGUGACCUUGUCGAUUUGUGAGUUUGUGGCUGGUGUGUCUGCUACCUUAAACUAUGAGAAUGAGGGGAAAGUUCCCUUGGAGGCCUUCUUUCCCAUGGAUGGAGACUCAGCUGUCUACAGCAUCAAGGCCAUGGUGGAUGGGAAGAAAAUUAUGGCAGAAUUACAGGACAAGAUGAAAGCCCACACCAACUAUGAGAAUGCCAUCAGCCAGGGCCACCAGGCCUUCCUAUUGGAGGAGGACAUGAGCUCCAGGGAUGUCUUCUGUUGCAAUGUGGGGAACCUUCACCCUGGAUCAAAGGUGGCACUCACCCUGAAGUAUGUGCAGGAGCUGCCCCUGGAAGCAGAUGGGGCCCUGCGCUAUGUGCUCCCAGCUAUCCUGAACCCUUGAUACCGUUACUCUUGAUGGUAUGAA